AUGGAUUCCAUAAAUGAUCGAAUUCACGCGAUAUUCUUCCAAAUAGGGGUCCAUGUGCAUCGGUAUCGCCUUUACUCAUUAUUAUUCACCGCCGCGCUUGUCGCAUUCUCCUCAUAUGGAUUUGUGUGGUUUGAACAGCAGACAACUCGCGAUCCACAGUACGUUUUCUCACCGGACAAUGCGCCAUGGCGAUACGAGAGAGCCGUGCUCACCGAGCACUGGCCGCUCGACGAGGACAAAUUCUGGCCGGGAAAAAGCUACGAUUUGAACGGCUACAUCGACGUUAUUGCGGCCGGCAAAAAUCAUCCCGAAUAUGGAAGGCCGAAUAUUUUAAAUAUCAAAUAUUUGGAUGAAGUCGCCCGUAUCAAUGACUACAUCAUUCAUAAUCUCACAGUGCCAGCCGAAAUUAACGGGAAAAAAUAUGAAAUUGCCUAUACCGAUUUGUGCAUGCGAUACGACUGGUCUUGUUUCCUCAACGAUCACAUAACCAUGCUGAUGCCGAAAAAGCGUUGGGGAAAUUUUUCGGGACCGAUCGCCGAGUUCGCCAGCGACAUCAUCAACAAUCAGGUCAACAUCACCUAUCCGAUUGGCUGGCGCGGAACCGAGCCCAUCUAUUUCGGGGCGCUCGUCGGCGCGCCGAAUCUCGUCGACGAAUACGGUCAUUUUGAUUUCGCCACCGCGAUUCGCCUCACCUAUAACACACGCGAGGGCAAAGUCGACAAAUAUGGGUUCGAGUGGCGGAAGCGGCUCGUCAAAUGGAUCACCGACAAACGGAAUCCGGUGUCGGAGUUGCUCGAGUUCGGCAUCACCUACAACGCGACGCUACCCGAAGGCCUUCAGGAUGUCGCCGACACGCUGACGCCCAAGUUCGCCGGCACCUGCGUCAUCCUCUACACGUUCUCAUUCCUCGUCUCCGUCGUCUUCAAGAAGCAUGACUCGGGUCUUGUGACGAUCGACUGGGUGCGAAGUAAGCCGAUGGUUGCCGCUGCGGGACUCCUCACGCCGAUUCUUGCCACCAUAACCUCAUGGGGCCUCAUUUUAUGGUCCGGACAGCUCUACAAUGCAAUUGUGAAUGUCUCACCAUUCCUUAUUCUUUGUAUUGGAAUCGACGAUUUGUUCAUCAUGUCGGCUGAAUGGCAUCGAACGAAUCCCAAAGAUUCACCGGAGGUCCGAAUCGGUCACACGUUGUCCGAGGCAGCUGUCGCCAUCUCAAUCACCUCGAUUACCGAUAUUACCACAUUCGCGGUUGGCUGCUACACUACACUUCCAGGUGUUCAAAUGUUCUGCUUGUACACUUGUGUUCAGUGCUUCUUCUGCUAUGUCUACCAGAUCAUCUUCCUGGGACCCGUAUUGGGCUACGCCGCCGAAAUGGAGGACAACAAUCAGCACUCAUUGUUGUUCAGGAAAGCCGUCGAUCCGGAGAAGACUGAAAACAAACUCGAAUUAUGGCUGCUUUCUGGCUCGGUGAAUCGCAAAACUCGUGAUGAUUCAAUAAUUCGAAAGCGGCCGAAUAAGGUGGCCGACAAAAAGGAAGAGAGCAAAUCGAAAUGGUCCGAUAUCGUUGAGAAGCUUGAAUCGAAACUUGAAGCUCAUGACGCGGAACCAGGGCAUAAUCAAGAGGAAACGUUGGUCUCGAAGGUUUUCCGCGAGAUUAUUGGUCCCUUCAUUCUGCAGAGAAGCACACAGGUCUGCGCUCUUCUCCUUUAUAUUGUCUACAUCUCGUUCGCCAUCGUUGGUUGUUUGAACAUCAAAGAAGGUCUCGAUCCGAAAUUGCUUGUGCGCGAAUCAUUCUACCUUGCCAAAUUUUACGAGCUCAUCGAUGAAACGUUUUGGAGAGAAGGACUCCAAAUGCAAGUUGUUGUGAGCAAUCCGCCGAAUUUGUUUCUGAAUGAGUCGCGAACGAUGUUUGAUCGAAUGAUGAGCGAAUUCGAAGGAACUCACUAUACGAUGAACAAGAACGCGACAAUGCUCUGGAUUCGCGCCUACGAGACCCAUCUGCAAUCGGAGCUCGUCGAGCUCAACAUCCAGAAGCCGAACUCGUCCGACGAGUACUAUCAGCGGUGUCGCGAUUGGCUUCUGAUCGCCGGCGGCCGUCGCCUCUGGCAAAUGGACAUGGUGUGGGCGAACUCCACCAUCGACGAGGUGCCCCGUCUGAAAGCGUUCCGUUUCCAGUUGGGACUCCGCAACUACCGUACGCCGACGGAUCACACGAAGAGCUGUCAGCUGAUGCGCUCGAUCGCUGAAAAGUAUGCGGUGUUCAACGUGACGACGUUCCAUGAAUAUUAUCCGUUCGCCGAUCAGUAUUUCGAGUUGACGCCGUCAUUGUUCCAAAAUAUGAGUUUGGAUCUCAUCACGAUUCUCGCCAUUUCCCUAUUGAUGGUGCCUGAGUUUCGUUGCGCUUUGGCGAUUGUCGUCUCAAUUGCUAGUAUUAAUGUUGGUGUUCUCGGAUUCAUGUCAUUUUGGGGAGUCAAUUUGGAUAGCGUUUCGAUAAUCACGGUUAUCAUGUGCAUCGGAUUUGCUGUGGAUUUGUCGGCGCAUAUCGCCUACGCGUUUUCGCAGAGCUACGGAACCUCUCAUCAACGCGCCGUCGCCGCCCUUGAGACUCUUGGUUGGCCGGUGUUUCUCGGCGCUUCGUCGACGCUGCUCGGAAUCACACUGCUCGCUCUCGUCGACGCCUACAUCGUCAUCAUUUUCUUCAAGACCGUCUUCCUCGUCAUCAUCUUCUCGAUGAUCCACGGUCUCAUCUUCCUGCCGAUCUUUUUAAUGUUCUUCGUGCGAACGACGCGUGUCAAAGAAGAGCCGAAGAACGGCGUCGAGCUUCAACCAAAUGUCGCCUAA